AUCCAGCUGAUAGCGGAGCAACCCUUCCUGAGUUCAGUUUGCCCUGUGCGCACGGAGAGCUCAGGGAGCUCCAGCAUCCCGCGGAGACGCACCAGAGAACCUGAAGCGUCUGCGUCCUGAUCCGGGCCCGGAGGAGCGCAGCGGGGCGGCAGCGUCUGCAGACUCCGAUGAACGCACAACAGUCAGUUGGGGAGCAAUCUUUGAGUAAGACUUCAGCACUGAUACCGAGAUGAAGGCGGCCAGCAGACAGGGCAACAUGACCGUGGAGAAGCUGAACGGGGACAUGAACCGGAGGCCGAGCUACCCCGGAGAGCUUCGGGCCAAACACGCUAACAUGUCAACUAAGAUCUGGGUGAAAGUGGCGAUGGCGAUCGCCUAUUUCCUCUGCGUGUCCGUGGCCGCGUUCAUCCUGGUCAUUUACUACGUGUUCUUCUGGACGCCGGGCAAAGCGGACAACAUCACCGCGACACCGAACCAGAACCCGAACCAGAACGUGUGCCUGGCGAAGCCUUGAUGACUUUUACAGCACGCACGCACGCAUUAAAUAAGUGACUGCACACACCUGACACAACGCUGCGGCGGCGGAUGGAUGGAUGGAUGGAUGAGAGAUGACGGCACACAGACAGACAUGACUGCAUCCAGAGUUUGGGAUGCUGACUGAGGACCUGAGGGAGGACAGAGGGGGGGCAGGUGCUGCCGGGAUGCAUCAGUGUUCCGCAUGCAGGAUGCAGGUGGAGAGGAGGAGGAGGAGGGGUUUUUUCUUUCCAGCUUCACCCCAACACCCAGUCCUGAGGGGGUUUAUGGUUUUUUGUUUUUCAUUUCACUGAACUCGUCUGUCCAAUGAGAGAAAGCCUUAGGAACACACACCUGGCAUCUUUUAGGGCUGCUUCCCUCUGAUUUGUGGCUGUGUGCCUGUAAAUGUUGGUUAUUCUGAGAGUCAUGCUUACAUCCUUUAAAUCAUGGAUGGAUUAGGUGAAGCAGGACUCCUGGGUGCAGACAUGUAAAAGGUCCCGCACUCCUCUGGGACUCCCCGUGAGGUGUCGCAGGUAAACGAGUGCUGCAGUUAAAUUUCAGUAAUCACUUCUCAGGCUGAGUCCUGACCACUGAGAGCAGAUAUCACACUACAAAAUGACAGAUUGAAGAAGGUCCUGCAUCUGAAUGCCGCAUCCUCAGCAGAGGUCACAUUAUUUCUUUAUCGAACGCUGUCUGCUGAAGCUUUUAAUGUUCCAGGACCUGGUGAUUUUUCUCUCUUAUGUGACUCUUCAUUGAAUGUGUUUGAGUUUUAGGUGGAUGACGGGAAAAACCCUCUGGGUUCUGAGAGCAUACAGUAUGUUGCAUGCUUUCAUUUCUUCCAUCAUAUUCUAAGCAAAACAAAUAACAGAAAAAUUAAGUCUCUAGAUCACUCGUUAUGAUGUGCAGCUAACCAGAAACAGGGAUUAUUUUUCUGCUGCUCCUUCUAUAAGUGAGAUCACAGAUGCUACUUCUUUAGAUUACCCACCAUACAUUCAGACCAUUCAGUCUGAGAUUUCGGUGUCUUUUUCACACUUGUCCUAGCCUCUUAGUGUAAAUCUAACCAAUGUCUGUGCCCAGUUGGUCGCUCAUUAGUCCAUCCGUGCUUUAACUCUUUCACGUUCCUGUGAAAAUUGGACCUCUCCUGCUCACUUCCAGCUCUGUAUUUUACACUCUGGCAACCUGCUAGAGUAGCUUUGCAUGAUCAGCAGUUCAAAAUAAUCUUUAUUUUUCCCACAUGGCCUUGUUGAAGCCCCUCAGCUCAUCAGUUCUCUUCUAAUUGGCUGCCCAAUGCAAACAGCAGGUGGAUGGGACCUGUACCUGAGAGCGCUCUCUCGCUCUCUAUGACAUCACAAAGAGCUGAGGGGGAAAAAACCGCCUGAACAUGCACUGACCUCCUUAUUUGAAACUUUGUCCGUGUUAAAUAUGAGCAUCCAGCACUGGAACAGGAGAUAUAUGCCAAAAAACCAGGAAAACCAUAAGAGGUCCCCUUUGAAAAUUCACUUUAUACACCAAUGCUCCACCUUAUGGAAGCUUAGAAACCAUGAGUGUGCCCUGAUCCUUUAAACAUCCUGGAGAACAUCCCAGCAGACCCCUCAACCCCCGAAGCUGAUCCCCGAGAAACCUCAUUAGAAAACCCCACCAAAGAACUCUUAAACCCCCCACAAGAGUGCUUGAGCCCUAAACCCCAGCCUACAAACCCCUUCAGGAACCCCUGCAACUCCUCAAGGACCCUGCUCUGCACUAAUGGAGACUUCUUUUUUUUCAUGCCUAUAGAGGACUUUCUGGUUUUUCUCUUUUUUCACAGCAGAAUGCUGUUUUUAUUCAGGUAUCUAGAGGAACUUAAAGCGAUACUGUACUGUAGCAGAAGUAGCCUAAAUUGUGAUCUUCGGUAGCUCGUAGCCGUACGAAAUGCAAGGUGAUCACUCUCAGUAGUUGCAGCAGUUUUACCUUUUUAGAGCCAUCUUUGUUGUCUUGCACAGAAUGACCGUUAAUUCUCAAUGCAGUGUCACGUUUGUACCUCUUCUUCUCGAUGACACGUUUUGUUCACCUCACUUCCUUCUUCAGAAUUUAGGCUAAAUCUACUAGACUGUUUUAUUAACAAUGUAGCCUUGAGAAUUUAUUGUUAUGAUAUGAUAAACUAUGCAUUUAUUCCA